CUUCUCCUUCUCUGACUGUAACUCCCUUUCUCUAUACGAAAACCAGAAUGUCCCGUCGAGACGGUCGAGAUUCCGAUUCCAGGCGACACUCCUCCGGGUUCGACCGUGAACUCAGUCUUAAAAGGUCUAGGAGGGAUGGGAAACCAGGGACCGAAAGAGUACCCAGAAACGGUGAUGUUGGAGAGCAUCCAGAUCGGGAUCAAAAGCAACGCCGGCGGCUACAGGAUGCUGUACCACUUGAGGCCCAAGAAACGCCUGAUUCCAAGGUUGGAAAUGAGGAUGUUGGCAUGCACCCAGAAAAGAAGCAUGAUGCCCUCAACCAUGAAGCAGUGAAACGUUCUUCUCAUCCAACUGAAGUACCUAGGUCCCGCUCAUAUUUUCAGCAUGAUGAGCGUGGUAAUGCCACUCAAGUUGGUCGAAGCUUUGGCCACAGAGCAGCUCCUGAACGUGGAUGGUGGAGAGAUUCAAGGGAUCAUCAUGAUGAAAGGGCAGCAAAAAGGUAUGACAAACGCCAAAGAGAUGAGAAACCAGAAGGUAAGGAAGAUGAUGAGGGGAAUUGGCGCCAUGAUAGGUUCUUUGAAACAGAAGCCAAUCCUCCGCCUCCACCCCCACCACCACCAGCGGCCAGGAAAAGGCCUGCCUUCAGGGAGAAGAAAACAGUUGGGGACUCUGAGAAUGCUGAUAAAGCAUCUAUAGAGCCAGAAAAGGUAAGCCGUUUUCAUCAACCAGUUUCAUUGAGUGAAAGAAGGGAAGGCAGAGAUCAAAACCCCCGCCACUCAGAUAGACAUGAGAGGCCAUCUGCUGCUGAUCGGGUGCUAAACAGGGGAGAAGUGCAGAGGAGUGAAUUCUCAUCAAGAGAAAGACAUGGAAGAGGUGGUGGUGGAGAUGACAAUUUCAGGGAAAGGGACAGAUUCACUGGAAGGCAAGGGGGGUUUCGUUCAAGUGGUACUCGUGCUGAGAAGUGGAAGCAUGAUCUGUUUGAUGAGGCUAGCAAGAGUCCACCACGAAAGAAUGAAGAGGAUCAGAUUGCAAAGGUGGAGGCCCUCUUAGCUUCUUAGAAUUCAGGCUAUGUUAACUAUUUCAGUUCCUUGUAUUUUGCUUGUCAGUUUAGUUGUCAAGGCCUUUGGUUUUUCUUUUUCUGGCCAUUGUCAAGACCUUUGAUGGAAACCUAAAUAGCAUCAGCAUAUCUUUUUGAGGGUACAAAGUGUUAUCUGCCUUCAUUGUUGCAACUCUGUGCUACUAUCAGGGCUACCGCGUUAAAUUGAACAGUUGUCCUUGAUUCUUUGUUUUUGGGAACUUUCCAGUUUCUCAGUGUUUGGUGUUAGAAGUGCAGGGACAAUUUCCUU